AUGGAUACAAAAGUAAUUUCUAGUCUUUGGACUAGAUAUUGAGUUGAUCAUAUCUCUUCUCUUUGCACCACAGUUUGCUGUCAUUCUCCUGCUGGUGUUUGUCACAGAAGUUGUUGUGGUGGUUCUUGGCUAUAUCUACAGAGCAAGGGUUAGUAUUUACAUUUUACAUUUUAGUCAUUUAGCAGACGCUCUUAUCCAGAGCGACUUACAGUUAGUGAAUGCAUACAUUUAUUUUAUUUAUUUUUUCCUACCCCCUGUGGGAAUCGAACCCACAACCCUGGCGUUACAAACGCCAUGCUCUAUCAACUGAGCUACAUCCCUGCCGGCCAUUCCCUCCCCUACCCUGGACGACGCUGGGCCAAUUGCGCGCCGCCCCAUGGGUCUCCCGGUCGCGCCGGCUACGACAGAGCCUGGAUUCGAACCAGGAUCUCUAGUGGCACAGCUAGCACUGCGAUGCAGAGCCUUAGACCACUGCGCCACUCGGGAGACCCGAGUAUUGACCCAAGUAUUGGCCUACUGUCUAGUGUCUAAUCACACAGUUACAAUAGGGAAGGAUGAAGGGGAAUGCAGUUUGUUAGCAUUUAAUAUGAAUUUUAUAAUUCUUGCACAGAUUAAAUUGACGUUGUUGCUUGUACUCAGGUGGAAGAUCAGGUGAACCACUCCAUUCAGAAGGUGUAUGAUGAAUAUAAUGGCACCAACACAGACGCCCCCAGCCGUGCCAUCGACUAUGUGCAGAGACAGGUGAGAACAACACUACUGGAUUUAAAAAAAGAUGACUAUAGGUGAGUUUGCAGGUGCCCACAGCCGUCUCACUCUCUCUCUCCUCCCGCCCUCUCCCCCGUCAUAGCUCCACUGCUGUGGCAUCCACAACUACUCUGACUGGAGGAAUACUCGCUGGUUCAAGGAGUCCAGAAACAACAGUGUUCCAGUCAGCUGCUGUAAACCCAACAUCAGCAACUGUACUGGAACCAUGAGCCGGCCUGGCGAUCUCUACCCAGAGGUAAGAGAACACGCACACACAAGCGUUUCCAUGUGCAGGUUAAUAUACAAACGAAAAUAAAUAUAGUCUAUAAAGGGACCUUUGUAGCUCAGUUGGUAGAGAAUUGCGCUUGUAACACCAGGGUAGUGGGUUUGAUUCCCAGGACCACACCAACGUAAACUGUAUGCCCGCAUGACUGUAAGUCGCUUUGUAUAAAAGUGUCUGCUAAAUGGCAUAUAUUAUAAAUCCCAUUGGCUAUGCAGGGAGGUUGGUUCAGGUUGUCUUUCAAUCGCAUCAUCUCUCUACGGGCGGCAGGUUGCUUAGUGGGUAAGAGCGGUGUGCCAGUAACCGAAAGGUCACUGGUUCUAAUCCCCGAGCUGACUAGGUGAAAAAUCUGUCGAUGUGCUCUUAAGCAAGGCACUUAACCCUAAUUGCUCCUGUAAGUCGCUCUGGAUAAGAGCGUCUGCUAAAUGACUAAAAUGUAAAAAUGUACUAUGCCUGUCUGUCUUGAGCUUGUGCUCUCACUAGCAAAUUUACAGCAUUGUAUCAACUGGUACCGGCCCACAAGGUUUCCUGCACCAGUGAGUCUGAAAAGUCUUCACUGUAUUUAAAAGAGAAUUUACAGACAUGUCAUACAAGUCCACAAAGGAGGAAUAUUUAGAUUAAGUAAUUUUGCUUCCCUCCUAAUCUAAUGCCUAGUCAAGUAGCUUAAAAAUGCUGGAAACCGUGCAAAUCAAGCUAGCUAGUUAGCUAACUAGCUACUGUACCAAGGAUGUUUAAAAAUAAAUAAAUACAAAUAAUAAUAAUUAACACUGAAACAGAGGAGAUGGAGACAUGCAUUUUGCAAGGAGCCACCGUUCACUUGGUAGGCUCUCAUUUCUCCUUGCAUAUUUAUUGUAGUCACUUGCAUGUGGUGUCAAUUUAAUUGUCAUUGGGCACUCCUAGAAAACCAUUACCUAACACAUGACGGCAUUCAAAUUGAUUUCUAUUUGAUUUGGUUGGACAUUCGACCGGCACAUUUCUUUCCUAAAGAAAAUACUGACACACACACACACACACACACACACACACAUGCAUGUUUUUAAUAUUUUUCUUUUUUCCUCUAGGGCUGUGAAGCUCUUGUUGUGAAAAAGCUGAAAGAAAUAAUGAUGUAUGUCAUUUGGGCUGCUCUGACCUUCGCAGCUAUACAGGUAAACAACUAUAUGGGAUAGAAAUGUGAUAUUUGAUAACAUCUGAACCAUGUGUACCAGGAGCAUGUUAACUAGAGCUGCAGUAAUGUCAUCCUGCAGUGGAGAGUCUCUAGUCUAGUAGGCCUUGAGCUGCUGCUGAGAAGUUGACCUGAUUGUGUCAAAUCGCUUUUUCAAUUUUUCAACGCUACCUUACAACAUGGGUUCUGCUGACCAGUCACUGCCCUUCUCCUUAUGAGGAUAACUUGCUCUAUUUACGGCGUCACUGGAUGCAUAGUAAUUAUGAAAUGGAUGUUCAAAUGCAUUCGCAUGAGUCAUAACAGUGAAUGCUGCAGGUAUCCAAAACAGCCACUGCUGCCUUUGGGAUGGGGGAGAUCAGGAAGAAUCAGAUCCACCAAAAAGGUGUAAAGUGGUAGAAAACUCGAGGUUGAAGCACUCUAGUGGGUUUUAAUAUAGAAAGCCUUUAUUCUCCAUGCAUAAAGAGCAUUAAAAACCCACCCUGAUGAAGGCAUGCGCCACAUUGUGCAGGUGUUAAUGCUCAUUGUACCGGGUUAAUGAAGACUAGAGUGCCUCAACCUGGAUUUUUUUCUACCUUAUUUGUAGGUAUGAUUCUUCUGGUUCUCCUUCUUGUUCUACUUCAUUCGAAGAACUUCACUGCACACACCAACUUCUCUUCAGUUAAUUGAAUCACGUGUGAUGGCAUGGCACAAGGCUGGGACAGAAACCCUGCACUAAUGUUGCUCUGGGAGCAGGACUCCUGGAAAUUCUAGUCUCUCGCGACAAGACUUUGAGUAGCUGGGCCAGUGCACGUGAAAUUUGAUUCUGGGUUGCCGGGAUGAUGAAAAUGCUAACUAUGCGUACUGUUGUAUUCCUCCAUCUGCCCGUAGAUGCUGGGGAUGCUGUGUGCCUGUGUAGUGCUGUGCAGGAGGGGUCACGACCCGGCCUAUGAGCUACUGGUCACCGGAGCAACCUACGCAUGA